UUCAACCGGUCGAACCACUUGAACCCAGUAAGACGUCCGGUUCGAUGUCCGAACCAGUUUUCAAAACAUUGACUACACCCAUCCUCUCUCUAACUUUCGUCCAGACGCCACAGGUCAUCUCUUCUCUAAUGUCUCUACUCUCUCAAUCUAAAUCGACGAUUCUCUUCUCUCUUUUUUGGUCAACCGGCUGUAGAAGUUUUCGCUCGAGUGGGAUCUUGGCCCAGUGAACAUCGCCUAUUCUCCUCUCUUCUCCUCAACUACCAGUUACACCCCCUGCUACCGGUAUACCUUCAAUGGCGUCUUCUCCAACUUCAUCAAUUCACAAGAGCUUUAAGUAUGAUGUGUUUUUGAGUUUCAGAGGUGAAGACACUCGUACAAACUUCGUAGAUCAUCUGUAUCAUGCUCUUCAGCAGAAAAGCAUUCACACUUAUAAAGACAACGAAAAAAUCAAAAAAGGAAAAAAGAUCAGUGAUGAGCUCAUCGGAUCUAUUGAAGACUCUAAAUUCUACAUCAUUGUUUUCUCCAAGAACUAUGCCUCUUCAUCUUGGUGCUUGGAUGAACUUGUGAAGAUAAUGGAAUGUCAUAGAACCACUGAGCAUACUGCCUACCCUGUUUUCUAUGAUGUGGAACCUUCUGAAGUCCGCAAACAAAGUCAGACAAUUAAAGAAGUCUUUGCAGAACAUGAAAAGAAAGAGGCUGAUGGGAAAUGGAGAGAGGCUCUGAAAGAAGCAGCGGAUCUGGCUGGGUGGGAGUUGAAGAAUACUGCUAAUGGGCAUGAAGUUGAAUUCAUCCAAAAAAUUAUUGAAGAACUUUUGCUAGAGCUACGUUCCAUCAGUUUCAACAUUGAUGAAAAAUUUGUAGGAAUGGAGACUCGGGUCAAGGAUGUUAUAUUAUCUUUAGGAACUGGUUUUAAUGAUGUUCACAUGAUUGGGAUCAAGGGGAUGGGAGGUGGUGGGAAGACAACUUUGGCCAGAGCUGUUUUUGAUCAAAUAUCCUUUCAGUUCGAAGGUAAAAGCUUCGUGGAGAAUGUGAGGGAAGCUUCAAAUGCUUCUUUUUCCGGUUUGAAGUCGUUCCAAAAUCAAGUCCUUUCGGAUGUGACAAAUGAUAGAGGCAUCAACAUUAGUAGUGUUUAUGAAGGGUCUUUGCAAAAGCAAGUCCUUUCAGACGUCUUAAAUGAAGACAUACGUGUAAGUAGUAUUUCUGACGGGAAGUACUUGAUGAAGAGGAGGCUCCGUGAUAAAAAGGUUCUUGUUGUUCUAGAUGAUGUGGAUCAUAUAGACCAGCUUGAGGCGUUAGCUGGUGAGCUUAAUUGGUUUAAGCCUGGAAGUAGAAUUAUCAUUACAACAAGAGAUGAGCAAGUGUUGGUAGCACACAGAGUGAAGUUCAUUCGUGAUGUCACUCUGUUAUCGGAUAAAGAAGCAAUUUGCCUCUUCAGUAGGCAUGCGUUUGGGAGAGAUUUUCCAAUUCAAGGGUUCGAAGAUCUAUCCGGACAAGUUGUACGUUAUGCUGCUGGUCUUCCUUUAACAAUCAAAGUUAUGGGCUCGUUUCUUUGUGGUAAAAAUGAGCUUGAAUGGGUAGAUGCCCUAAAAAGACUAAAAAAGAUUCCAUUAGCAGAAACUAUGAAGAAAUUGGAAUUAAGCUAUAUCGGUCUAGAGGAGGAUUACAAAGAAAUCUUCCUAGAUGUUGCAUGCAUCCUGAAAGGUUGGCAGAAAGACAAUGCAAUCAAAGUGCUUGAAAGCUGUGGAUUUCAUGCUAGAAAUGGUUUAAGAGUUCUUGAGCAAAAAUCUCUCAUAACUAUUAAUGGUAAUUCUAGUUAUGAGUGGGUGGACAUGCAUGACCAUAUUGAAGAAAUGGGCAGGAAUAUUGUUCGUAAGCUGCACCCAGAUAAACCUCACAAACAUAGCCGAUUGUGGAUUAACGAAGAAGUUGAAGAUAUAUUGGCUAAUGAAUUGGGUACUAAAGCAACAAGAUGUUUACAAUUUUACACAGAGAAACUCAAUCCACAUACUGUUAUAAAAGGUCUUGGAAAGAUGAAGGAACUUAGACUUCUUUCCAUGAUUUUCGGUAUUUACCUAAAACAUUUCAAGCAAAUAAUCUUGUUUCACUUCGGAUGGAUGACAGCAGAAUUGAACAACUGUGGGAAGGGGGAGAAAAAAAGGUUCUUAACAAGCUCAAAUUCCUUGACCUUAAUCGUUCAAUGUUGA